CAGUCCAUCGGCUAAAAUGCAAUUCCAAAGAUUGAAAGAAAAAUCGAAAAUGAAUGGAUAAAUGGGCCUUGUUUAUUGGGCCAAAUAGAUCCGCAAGUCUUGGUUUCCCCAAAUUCUUUUGGAAAAAGAAUAAAAAAAUUCCCAGAAAGACAAGGGAUGAAGAGGGUGGGGGUAGAGAAGGAAAGCAUUCAAGUGAUCGCGCAAAGCAUCGGGGUAUCGAAUCUGUCGGCGGAGGUGUUGCCUGCUCUGGCUUCCGACAUCGAGUACCGGGUGCGGGAGAUCAUGCAGGAGGCUAUCAAAUGUAUGCAUCACUCCAAGCGCACCUGUCUGACGUCACUCGACGUUGAUACUGCCCUCCAACUCAGAAAAAUGGAGCCCAUAUAUGUUGCGUCUUCCGCUAAUUCUUCUUCGUUGCAAUUCAAAAGAGCUCCCCAGAGUAAGGAUUUGUUUUACAUCCAAGAUAAGGAUGUCGAUUUUAGGGAGGUAAUUAACGCCCCCCUUCCAAAACCGCCUCCUGAUACCGCACUUGUCACUCACUGGCUUGCUAUUGAAGGCGUUCAACCUGCCAUUCCUCUUAAUCCUCCCCUUGAAGUACUUGUAUCCCCGUUUGAUAAUAAGAAACUUGAUUCCAAAGAUGAUGGGGUUUCAAUUGACCUUAAAUCUCCUUCCAAACAUGUGCUCUCAAUAGAACUCCAGCUUUACUUUGAAAAAGUUACGGACCUUACUGUAAGUCGUUCAAAUUCGCCUAUCUUCAACAAAGCAUUGUUGAGUUUGGCGACUGAUGCAGGGCUUCAUCCUUUGCUGCCUUAUUUUAUAUACUUUGUUGCUGAAGAGGUCACUCGCAACCUAAGCAACUUUCAUCUUUUGUUUGCUUUAAUGCGCCUUGUACGGAGUCUUCUACAGAACCCAUUUCUGCAUAUUGAACCUUAUCUGCACCAACUGAUGCCAUCUGUAAUGACCUGUCUUGUUGCAAAAAGCCUGGGGAAUAAGUUAACUGAUAACCACUGGGAACUUAGAAACUUCACAGCUAACGUGGUGGCUUUAAUAUGUAGGAGGUUUGGAUAUGGGUUUCAUAAUCUUCAAUUACGCGUGACUAGAACUCUUCUUCAUGCUUUUAUGGACCCAGCAAAAGCGUUUCCCCAGCAUUAUGGUGCUAUAAAAGGGAUUACUUCCCUUGGAUCAAGUGUGGUUCGUCUCCUUUUGCUACCAAAUCUCGAUCCGUAUCUACAAUUUAUAGAACCAGAAAUGCACCCUGAGAAGCAAAAAAAUGAGAGCAGAAGGCAGGAGGCUUGGAGAGUGCAUGGUGCGUUAAUGUGUGCAGCUGGUUUAUGUAUUUACAGUCAACUUAAGAUGAUUCCCAAUCUCUUGUCUCCGCCAUCACAUAGCAUCUGGAAGAGGAAUGGAAAAUUUGGGACAGCAAAUCCAAACAAACGGAAGUUGGGAAGCAUGAACAACAUGAUGGAUCAGUCACUCAAAAAGGUAGCAACAGCCGACGGUUCACAUUUAGUGAAGGUAGAGAUGCAAGGACCCAGCAGUGGGUUUUCAAUAACUCAUGGUGGCACAGAUGCAGGAAUGCACCAAUUACCCAGGUUUUUACCUAAUGACCAAAUGGCAGGGAGCAGUGGUAGGAGAGACAAGUUUGGUGGUGCAACUCACUCAUCAGUGGCUGUGUCUCGAGCAUGGAAAAAGGAAAUAAAUGCUGGACAUUUGCUCCCCAAACUCUAUGAUCUUUUUGGUCAAGGCAUGCUCCCAUUUGUACCUUCGCCGGAAUUGUGUAAUUUACACCUAUGAACCAUGUAGACCGCUUAUUGACAUCCAAAUAGAAAUGUGUAAUAUUGAUACUUUAAUGGUAAUUUUAUCCAAAAAGGAAUAUGCAGGUUGUACCAAA